GAGGUAAUUAGCAGAGUAAAAGGUGGGGAAGGUCUGAAAUUUGAAAAGCAUUUUCAAAAAUAUCUGAAAAUAUCAGUUGCUAUGGAACAAGAAAGAAAGCGCUUGGAAAAAUUGAAGAAAAGUGUUGAAUUUCUUGAAAUUGAAGAUGAAAACGAUUCUAAUCCAUACUUUAAACAUCUUGACAAACCCGUGCCCGCAAUAAUUUCCAACGAUAUCCCUAAAUAUGCACAAGCAACUAUUAAAGACCUAGUUAUCGAUAUUUUUGACGAAUAUGAGAAAGAUGCGGAAUUCCUCAAUGAGGAAUUACAGGAAGAAAAACUCUUAAAAAAAGAAAGAAAGUGGCUAGAUGCAAAUGCUCUUCCGGCCAAAUGGGAUGGUCUUUAUAAUUUGGAAAAUAUUGUGGAUGAAAGCGACUCUGAGGCCCAGGAAGAAUUACAAAGAGAACGUGGUUCUUUCGAAGGAGUUUAUCCAGGCAUUAAACAAGAAAAACUUGCACGGAAAUUAAUCUUAGAAUUAGAAAAAAUUGUGAAUAAAGUUUUUGGUGAAGGCUAUUUUACUCAUAAAAAUCUAAUCUCAAUUGCCGACCGUGAACAAGAAGAUGCUCUGGUAAAAUCUAAACAGCUUCAAACUCAACUCGAAAAUUUACGCAUGAACCAAAUUUCGCCAAUGCAAAAAAGUUUCUUUAAUCUGAAUGCUAAAAUCGGAAACUGCAAAAGCGAAGUUUCGGCAACCACCUUCCCUGAACCCCAACCCGCACCUGAGGCUAUGCCUACUUCUUGGACUACGCUUUUUUGA